CCCGCCCCGCCUCCCUGCCCACCUUACCUGCGGCUCACCUGUACGGAGGAUACCUGGAGCUGCGCGGCGCCUUCCCGGACGCCUCCCCGGCCCGCUCGCUGUCCCCUCCCCGCGCCGCCGCCCCCGGGAAACCUUUCGGAGCCAAACCUUUGGCUUUUUGGAGCAAAUUCGACGUGGCGGACUGGCUGGAGUCGCUGAACCUGGGCGAGCACCGCGCGCGCUUCCUGCACAACGAGAUCGACGGGACUCACCUGCCGGCGCUGACCAAGGAGGAUUACAUCGACCUGGGCGUCACCCGCGUGGGGCACCGCAUGAACAUCGACCGCGCCCUCCGCCUCUUCCUCGAGAGCGGGCGCCGGGACGUGGACGUGGGCAUCCGCUGGGACACGAGCGUGCAACGGGAGCUGAGUGUGCAACAGGAGAUGGACAUGGGAGCCCGGCGGGAUCUGAGCGUGCCGCGGAAGCUGAGCGUGCAACGGGAGCUGGAGGCGCAGAGGAGGCUGAGCGUGCAACAGGAGCUGAGCGUGCAACGGGAGGUGGAGAUCCAGAGGAAGCUGAGCGUGCAACAGGAGCUGAGCGUGCGGCGGCAGCUGGAGCUGGGCGUGCAAUGGGAGCCGGGCGUGCAACGGGAGCCGGGCGUGCCAUGGGAGCCGGGCGUGCAACGGGAGAUGAGCGUGCAACGGGAGCCGGGCGUGCAACGGGAGGCGGAGCUGAGCGUGCAACGGAAGAUGAGCGUGCAAUGGGAGCCGAGUGUGCAACGGGAGAUGAGCGUGCAACAGGAGCCGGGCGUGCAAUGGGAGCCGAGUGUGCCGCAGGACAUGGAGCUGAGCGUGCAACGGGAGCUGAGCGUGCAACAGGAGCCGGGCGUGCAAUGGGAGCCGAGUCUGCAACGGGAGGCGGAGCUGAGCGUGCAAGCGGCCCCGAGCGUGCGGUGGGACGUGGAGAUGGGCGUGCAAGCGGAGCUGAGCGUGCAAGGGCAGGACGCGAGCGUGCAGUGGGAGCCGGGCGUGCAAGGGGAGCUGCUGAGCGUGCAAGAGGCGACGGGCGUGCAAGGGGAGGCGAAGGCGCCGCAGGAGCCGGGCGUGCAAGAGGCGCCGGGCGUGCAACGGGAGCCCCUGAGUGUGCAAGGGGAGGCGGGGGUGUGAGCGGGCGUGCAAAGGCGCGGGCGUGGGGCUGAGCGCUGCCCCCCACCCCACCCCCGGGGCACGCGCGUGUGCAAGGUGGCGUCGCUGCCCCACCCCCCUUCCUCGUGCCCUCCUUGCACACUCACAGGGUCAGCGCCUUGAACGCUCACGGCUGGGCCUUGCACGCCCACGCGUGUGUGCUCGGCCCUCUCCUUGCACACUCGUUACACACUCGGCCUUCUCUUGGCACACCCGUCACACACUCGCCCCCUCCUUGCACACUCAUCACACACUCGCCCAUCCCCUUGCACACUCGCCUUUCACACACUCAGCCACACCCCCUUGCACACUCAGCCCCACCCCCUUGCACACUCAUCACACACUCAGCCCCACC